AUGUCUUCAAAUUCUGAAUGGUCAGAAAUAGCUCAAAGACGAGUAGUUGCAAAAACUACACAUGCGAGCUUCCCCCAACUUAAAUACCCAUCGUUGAGAGAUGCUGGUCUCAAAGAUCCAGUACAAUGGCUCGCUGGAAAGUCUAUGGACGACGGCGCUGAAGGCCUAUGGCGUAUUCACGAUAAACUAUAUGAUUUGACUAAGUUUAUAAAACUACACCCAGGCGGUGAAGAGUGGCUGGAACUGACUAAAGGUACCGAUAUAACAGAAGCGUUUGAAUCACAUCACUUGAACCCAGCAGCAGAGAAAAUCCUUACUCAAUAUUAUAUCAAAGAUGCGAAGACACCUCGUAAUUCGCCGUUUACGUUCAAAGAGGACGGCUUUUACAAAACUCUGAAAAAGGUGGUAUUCGAAGAACUGAAGAAAAUUCCUAAAGAUGGAACUAAAACGACAGAUAGAAUAACUGACGGUUUAUUAAUUUCCUUGUUAAUUAGUUCAACUAUGUCGUGCUGGGUUGUGAAUAAUAUUCUAGUAAAAAUGUGGGAUUUCAGGAUUUCACAUGUGUUAUCCCAUCACUUAUACACCAAUACACUUUUGGACUUAGAUAUUACCGAACUCGAACCAUUUCUAUUACUUCAUCCAAGAAAAGAUAAACCAUUUUACGCAAAGUUGGGACCUAUUAUUGAAUUAUUUUUUUUCCCCUUUUACUUUUUAAUAAGUUUCUCUAAAAGAAUCAUAUGCAUCUUUCUUCGCAAAGGGUUUUUCAAGAAACAUUUUCGCUGGCAUGAUGCCCUAGGCCUGACACUCCCUAUUUGGAUGUGGAUUACGACUGGAACCCCCGUUCUACAAGUGAUUGCCACAUGGUUAUCCAUUAAUUGUAUUGGAAGUUUCAUAUUCACUAGUAUAGCAGUGAGUGCCUCACAUCAUCAUCCUGACGUCAUUAAAGAUGGAGACCAACCGAGGAGUGAAACCCCUGACUGGGGAAUGCACCAAAUCGAAGCGCUCCUUGAUCGCAAAGAUGUUAAUAACAAUGUGUUUGCUGUGAUUACUUUAUUCGGAGAUCACGCUCUUCAUCAUAUGUUUCCUACAUUGGAUCAUGGGAUUUUGAGGCAUCUGCGUCCAAUAUUUAUUGAAAUUUGCGAAAAAUUCCAGGCAAAUUAUCAGGUCUCGACUCAAUUUCAAUUGGUACUGGGACAAAUAAAAGAAACAAUGCGUACAGAAUUCAAAACAAUAAAACAGCGUUACACCUAA